CUCCCGGGGGGCGGGAGCAGCGGGACCCUCACGGCCGCCCAUCCGUCCCCGCAGCUGGACGACUUCGUGGGCGCGCACCCCGACUACGACGAGGAGGAGGAGGAGCGCAAGUACUUCCGCCGCAAGCGCCUCGGCGUGCUCAAGCCCGUGGUGGCGGCCAGCCUGGGCGGCAUGCUGACCUACGGCGUCUACCUGGGCCUGUUGCAGAUGCAGAUGAUCCUGCACUAUGAUGAGACUUACCGAGAGGUGAAAUACAGCAACAUGGGGCUCCAGGACAUCGACAGCAAGAUGCUGAUGGGCAUCAAUGUCACUCCCAUUGUGGCUCUGCUGUACACACCCAUCCUCAUCAGGUUCUUUGGCACCAAGUGGACGAUGUUCCUGGCCGUGGGAAUCUACGCACUCUUCGUCUCCACCAAUUACUGGGAGCGCUACUACACACUGGUGCCUUCAGCUGUGGCAAUCGGCAUAGCCAUUGUACCCCUCUGGGCCUCCAUGGGCAACUACAUCACUCGGAUGGCACAGAAGUACUACGAAUAUGUGAAUUACAAGGAGGAACAUGUGCAGGAGCAGCACCGGGCACCACGUGGAGCCUACAAUUCCUAUAUCAUUGUCUUCCAGACCAUCUUCUAUGGCUGCUUUCAUCUGAGCUUUGUCUGCGCCCAGAUGCCCAUGGUCUUCUUCCUGAACAAAUUUCUGUAUGAGCUGAACCACACACUCUCCAAUGUCCAGAGCUGUGGCACCUUGAGCAAAGGGAUGCUUCCAGGUUUCAACACCACUGUGCUGCAAGGCCUGCCACGCAGCAUCAACCUCAUUGUGGUGGAGAGUGUCCUCAUGGCUGUGGCUUUCCUCUCCAUGCUUAUGGUGCUGAUCCUGUGUGGCUCAGCCUACCGCCCCACAGAGGAGAUUGACCUGCGCAGCAUUGGCUGGGGUAACAUCUUCCAGCUGCCCUUCAAACACAUGCGGGACUACCGCCUGCGCCACCUCUUCCCUUUCUUCAUUUAUAGUGGCUUUGAAGUGCUUUUUGUCUGCACCGGCUUUUCCCUGAAUUACGGUGUCUGUGCCAUUGGGCUGGAGAACCUGGCUUACAUUCUCAUGGCAUACGGCUUCUCAGCCUCGGCCUGCUCCAGCCUGGCACUCUCCAUGCUGCGCCUGCCGCGCCACACCGUGCUCCUGGCUGGAGCCAUUGUCCAUGCCAUCCUGUUGAUAGGCCUGUUUUGUUGGGCGCCUAUGCCCCGGCACCUGGCUGAAGCACCCCUGCUCUACAUUGUGGCUGUCCUCUGGGGGCUUGGCAGUGCCCUGAACAAGACCGGCCUCAGCAUUCUCCUAGGGAUGCUGUAUGAGGACAAAGAGCGACAGGACUUCAUCUUCACCAUCUACCACUGGUGGCAGGCAUUGGCCAUCUUCGUUGUGUACUUGUGGGCAGGGCUCCCUAUGAAGGCCAAGCUGUCCAUCAUGCUGCUGACUCUUCUGGUGUCAGUGCUGUCCUAUGGCUGGAUGGAGCACAAGGUUGCAUGCCACAUCCAGCACCGUAUGCCAAAGAUCCCCAAGCCACGUCACAAGGUGCGAGGCUACCGCUACUUGGAAGCUGAGAACUCAGAUGAGACAGGCUCUGAGAGCGAGCGGGAACACGAGAGUGAUGGUGAAGGCUCCCAGGAGCAGCCCUGUGGCCCACAGCACCACCAGGACUGUGCCUACAAACAGGCUGUUGGGGAGGAAGAUGAGGAUCGCUUAGGGUAGGAGCUGCCCUAACCCUAGGCUCUGCUGCUUCUUCACCCCUGGCUCUAUACAUGGAGAAGGGCCUGGUGCUAGAUGGCCACACAGCCCUCUGCCCUGCUGGCCAUGGGAGCACCCUUACUAUGGUCAGACCAUGCUGAGGGCCCCUGAGGCACUUCCAGACUGAUCAGAGGGAGUAGUCAUAACCAGGAGCCCAGAGUUGCCAUUAGCUCAGCCCCAUAGCUCUCCUUGCCCUGGGUCAUGGUAAUGCCAGCAGCUGGACCUGGCUUUCACAGGCCCACAUCAGAUUUUGCCUGGACUCUGAGCUGCUCACAGCAGUCUCAGUGUGCCAAGGGGGGACCCUGGGCAGUGGGCAUACAGAAGAGGAAGCCUAUCUGCUUCUGCCCUGGCUGGUGUACAACGGGGUUGGGGUUUGGUACUACAUAUGUGGUUCUGUGUGUGGCUAUACUAAGGGUUCCCCCACGUCGAACAGUAUGACUGGCCCUAAGAAACCAUCCCUGGUGCCUUAUCAGUGCCAGUUCAAAUGAUGCCAGUUCUCACAGCCUGCUGCUCCCCAUUUCUGGCAGGACAAGGCUCAGACAAAGGGCCUGGAAAGCACUGUCUGCUGGUGUCAGGCCCCAAGACCCUGCAGCUGAGCCAUGCCCUCUGGAAGAGCACCAGAGGCCUGGCUGCCAUCUUUACUGGGGUGUCCCAAGCUGGGCACUAGUUUUCCACUGCCCCAUCUCUCAGCAGAGGAGCUAGGAUUUCUCCUGCUGGAAACCUCAUCCUGCUCCAGGGAGCAGGGAAGUACUUCAGCCUAUAGGCCAGGGGUGGGCAAAAUGCGGCCCGUGGGCCAGAUGCAGCCUGCCAAGCCAUUCUAUCUGGCCUGCAGAGCCCCUAAAAAUUUAGAAAAUUAAUAUUAAUCUGCCCUGGGCUGCCUGUCAUGUGGCCCUCAAUGGCUUGCCAAAACUCAGUAAGUGGCCCUCUGCCCAAAAUAAUUACCCACCCCUGCUGUAGGCUGAGGCCCUGGUGCCAGGAAAGGGUAGAUGAGAAGUCUGCCUACCCCCUGAACUUAGUUGCAUCCUACUUCACACUGUAAAGGCACUUCCCUCCCCCAAUAAAGUUCUGAUUCAGAGUUGCUGGCGCUGCGUGCAUGCAUCAGGUCAUUCGGACACUAUCAGCUGAAGACCACACUUACUUCCACAGACUGGCCUGGGCAUGUGGGAAAUUUAGCAGAGAAACCAGGCCCUGGAUUUGCACCUAGCUUCCUAGGGGGAGUAUGCAGACCCCAUAGCCCAGCCCCAACCUCUCUCGUGAUGUGCAUCAGCAAGGGAGGGUAAUGGCAUUCCAUCCAAAAUGUGUGAAAUGGAACGUGCUCUCUUGGCCACCAUUGUGAGGGGCAGGUUACUGCCACAUCCUUCAAACGCUGACUCAACCCUGAUUCUCAGGCCCUGGUGGCCCCAGGAAUGUGGGUGUACAGCAGUGUUCUUGUGCUAGAAGUGGGAAAGCUUCUCCUACUUUGGGACCUCAGGACUCACCACCAUUUUGUUUUGAGCAAUCUCCUGAGACACAUGCUCUUCUCCAAGCUGUGCCUCCCCUACCACCUAGCUUUAGGGACAGUGACUUUGCUGGGAUGUGGGCAAAUUGCAGGUGCAGCCCUACAUCUGACAAACUGCCUAAAGCCUAAUCUUGAGCCAAAGCCCACUAAGUGGCAGGGAGAUGACCACAGUUCAUUCAGGGAGAGACCACAGUUGGAGUACUGCGUGCAAUUCUGGGUGCCGCACUUCAGGAGGGA